UAACACGAAAGUCCAAAGAAAAACCCUAGAAAUUAUAUUCCUCUGAAAUAUCCAAACACCUAUUAAUUGAUUUUGUCUGUUCAUAGUAAAUUUUACAAGAAAUUUUUCUUAGAUUUGUAAUUUUUUUAUUAUCAUCUGUGAAUCUGGAAGAAGAAUAGAGUAAUUCGAAAUGCUUCAUAGAGGAUUUAAGGGUGGAAAAUGCAAGACGUCGUUAAAGCUAGCGGUAGCUCGAAUAAAGCUGCUGAAGAACAAAAGAGAAGUGAAUUUGAGACAGAUGAAAAGAGAUUUGGCGAAACUUCUUGAGACUGGACAAGAGCAAACAGCUCGAAUUCGGGUUGAACAUGUGGUUAGAGAGGAGAAAACCAUGUCAGCAUAUGAUCUCAUUGAGAUUUAUUGUGAGCUUGUUGUGGCACGCUUGCCAAUUAUUGAAUCUCAAAAAACCUGCCCUGUCGACUUAAAGGAAGCAGUAACUAGCAUAGUAUUUGCAGCUCCAAGAUGUGCAGAUAUCCCAGAACUUGUAGAUAUACGCAAGCAUUUUACAGCGAAAUAUGGAAAAGAGUUUAUCACUUCAGCUCUAGAGUUGAGACCAGAUUCUGGGGUUAGCCGCCAAGUUGUUGAGAAAUUAUCUGCUAAGGCACCCGAUGGGGAAACCAAAAUUAAGAUCUUGACUGCCAUUGCCAAAGAACAUAAUGUUAACUGGGAUCGUAAAGAUUUCGAAGACAAAGAACUAAAGCCUCCAGAGGAUCUGUUGAACGGACCAAAUGUAUACGAUACCACCAGUGUCCAGCAGUCCCAGCCUACUCCUGUUCAAAAGUAUGAUUCCUCUAGGUCAUCAACAAGUUCACAAGAUUAUGCUUCUACAAAUGCUACUAGUAGCAUGCCAAGGAAUACCAGCUCUUCGACCCAGUUUACAGCGUCAGAACGUCCUAACGGAGGGAGACACUACAGGGAUUCUUCUUACGAAAAACAGACUGUGUUGCCUACUGAUAAACAGCAUUGGAACAUGGAAUUUAAGGAUGCUAAUGAAGCUGCACAUGCAGCUGCUGAAUCUGCAGAAAGGGCAAGCAGGGCUGCUAGGGCUGCUGCAGAGAUAGCAAGUGGUCGGAAUAUAAGACAAUAUUCACCCGAAUCUCGUGAAUCAUUUGAUUAUAGCGUUAAAGAUGAAAGGUGGGGAACAAUGGCUGGUCCAAAUGUUAAGCAAGACCCUGUCAGAAUGACUAAUGAAUCACGAACAAGUUCUUCCAAGAAUGUGGAUCCGAGGAUGCAGGAUCAACAAAGAGAGAGGAAUGAUUCGAGUAACCAGAGGGGAGUUCCUGGAAGCAGAUAUCAUAGUUAUGAUGGUAAUGAGAGAAGUUCUGAUGAUGACAGGAGGUCGGUGGGUAAUCCUCAAAGAGCUGACCGAAAGUCUCAUAGAAAUACAUCUGAGGUGGAGCCCAUUAAUUCCAUUCAGGAGGGCAGGAAAAAAGAGAAGGGUCACUAUAGAGAUGAAGUGAGGAUCCAGGAUCAAUUUACUGAUGACUCCGAGGUAGAAUCUGUUGAUCAGCAACACAAUGAUAAGAAAACUGAGUAUACAGACUUUCCGCUGGGGAGACAAAUUAGAGUACAAUCUAGCAAGUCUGUUUCUCCUUCAUGUGCAAGUAUUGAAGGUGAUGAAGCCCAUUCAGAUUCAGAAAUGCACCAUUAUGGAAGUGAUCUUGGUGGACACUCUUUCCAUAGCACUCUUAACGAGAAUGCACGAAAAGAAACCAGGAAACCAAGUUUCAAAGAUAACUCUGGUGUUGUGUUUGACGAAUAUGAUUUUGAGGAAGAUAGGAAUUUGGGCUUCAAGGACGUGUGUAACAGCCAUGAGUCUGAAUCAUAUGCUCCGAAACCAAUUAGGGAGUCUCCUCCUCAUGCCUCCCAAAUCAUUGAUAGUUGGACUCCUAGGAAGAGCAAAAGUGGGUCUGCUGAAGAGAAUUUUGGUGUAAAAUCAGAUUCAGACAAGGAGUCCCACUCCUCUUUGGGAUUGCUUGAAAUGCUUUCCAAAGGUGCAGGGCCAUUAAAAUCAGAUGACUCGUCAUCUGUAGCUUUUGAUGAUUAUCCUGAGAGUGAGGAAGAGACAGACAACUACGAACAUAGUGUAAAAACAAGUACAACAAAGACGGAAUCGACCGAGACUAAUAUAGGUCAUGGAAUUGUAAGAUCCUCCUUUAAGAAGAAAAAUGAAGAAGCCUCCCAGAAGCCAUCGACGGGAUCCUCACAUGAUCCAAAUUCUCAGCGUAGGAGCUUCAAGAGAAACCAAGAAACAGAAGUGAGUUAUGUAGGUGAGCCAGAAAACAGUUAUAGUGUUCGUGGUUCAAUACCUUCCUCCUUCAUUAAAAGGGAAGCUGCAAGAGCAAACGUCAAACCUGAGCUGCCAUCAUCUUCUGAUGAUUCAGAAUCUGAGGGAAUCUACGGAAGUCGUGAUCGACAGAUUGGUGCUGGAGGUGAGUAUUCUAAGAGAUCAGGUGCUGGUGUAAGUCUCAAUGAUGAGGCAUUUCCUUCACAAACUGAUUCUCCAAGAAAUAGGGAGUCAGAAAACAGUUAUAGUGGCCGUGGUUCAAAACCUUCCUCCUUUGUCAAAAGGGAAGCUGCAAGAACAAACAGCAAAGUAGAUCUGCCAUCAUCUUCUGAUGAUUCGGAAUCCGAAGGAAUCUACGGAAGGCGUGAUCAACAGCUUGGUUCUGGAGGUGAGUAUUCUAAGAGGUCAGGUGGUGGUGCAAGUCUCGGUGUUAAGGCAUUUCCUUCACAAACUAAUUCUCCAAGAAAUAGAAACCAGGAGUUACGGUCUGAAGACAAGCAGCGUCCGCGAACCUCUAGGGUGUCGCCACCCAGGGAAAAACAAGCUGAAGACACUGUUGUUGCUUCAUGUCCUGAUGGUUUAGAAUAUCCGAGUUACUCAAGCUCUGAAAGCGGGCAAGGGUUGAAUUUGGGAAGGUUGCCUGGUGGUUUGCGGAACAAGGUUUCUACUCGCCGAACUCGCCCUGAGAUACCUUUGGAUAAUGCUUCACCUCGUUUAACUCAGCAAACUGGCGAGGAUACUCCAAAGUUCAAGUCUUCUCCUAGAACUAAAGCUAGAGAUCCAGAGCUGCUAAAUCAGCAAGCACAAAAGGCUCAUAGAGAAUCCAGCUCUAGAAGUUCAAAAACUUGUUUCGAUUCUGAUAGUGAUGAUUCUGAUCUACCCAAACGCCAAACUGUCCGUCGCAGUGAUUAUAAAAGGGGUGGACUUACUUACAAGCCGAGACAUACUCCAAGUGAGUCUGAUGCUAGCAACCUUGCAAUGUUUGUGGGUGGGCAUGAUUUGCCAGAAACUUCUCAUAUUAGUGAGAGAGAGAAAGCCUCAUACGGAUCUGGAUCUAUUGCUACACCUCAGAUGGAGAACUCGGGCAGGAAAACCAGAGUAAAUUCGGCGGGUAAGGAAAGCGGUAAACCAGACGAAGAGCAAAGUUAUGGGCCUGUUUUGCAGCCUAAAGGGUCUUCAAGUAAGGGAAGUUCAAAGUCUAGGUUGCAGAACACUAGUCCAUCUGUUGAAAAACAGCCCCCAGAACCCAUUCCAGAGGCAGAAACUGUGCGAUCAAAUAACAGUGAAACUCUAGCCAAGAAUGCAUCAUCGGAAAGUCCUGAAACGAAGAAUCCAUCAAGUUUAAGUGAAGGGUCAACGUCCAGAGAGAACUCACUCAAGAAAGCAAGUCAUGUGCAUCCAAAACUUCCUGACUUCGAUGCAUUCACUGCUCAUUUUCAAUCUCUGCGGUCAAAUGUCCGUCCGUCUACCAAAUAAAAAGACCUGCUCAGGAUGACGUGUCCUAGGUACUUCUUUUUCUUUGAUUAGCUUUUUUAUACAAAAAUUGGAUUUGGUAUAUUCUUUUCUAGGGAUGGUGGUAGUAGUCUGAUGAAGAUAAGUCUGAAGAACAGAGAACUAAUCCCUCAUUAUACAUAUACAUGUUUGUGUGAAACAGCAAUAUAUUUUAUCAUAUACAACGAUCUGCAUGAUUUUGUCAAUAGUGUGUAGCAAAAAUUGCCAUUUACUUUUUCUUUGUAAAAUGUUCACAUUUGCAACUAUCAUUCUUUGAUAGGAUAAUCCACUGCUCUCUUUCUCUCUCUC